AGCAGGGAAGCGUGGAAGAUGAUUGGCAGGAAUUUGAUGAUAUCAGAUGGAGUGAAAACCAUGCAAAACUGCUCUAUAUGGUAUCUAAGUACGCAUAUCCAGCAAAGACAGGCAAUGAGAAGGAAACAUGGAUCCGAGAGAUUCCUCUUCUUGUCAUGAUAUAUGAGGGAAUCAUAGCAGGUGUCCUCGACUUUGACUACGCUCCUGUCUCAGUGUUAGUAUCUCAGAACGGAGUAUCAAAGAGAUGCUUCAUGAAUGUCACGCAGGAGGGUAAAAGUGCGAUCGAUGAUUUGCGUGAGAGAAGGCUGAUGAACGGCCUCAAGCUCUCAUCUGAAGAUUUUCAGCCCGUGUCUUGCUAUCAAGUUUCGUUCCAUGGCCUAGAUUUUCUCGAACGAAUCCCGCAGAAACUCAGAUCCGAUGUCGACGCAUUCAUUUAUGCGCCGAAACCUUACCAGAACAAAUUGUUGAAUGUUAUCAUGAAACGAGAGAUUCUCGAUGAGGAAAUCGAAGAAGUUCAAAACUUCUACCUAAUUGCAGAAGGAGGAUAUGAAAGAAUAUCCGGAGUCACAGAAAUCGAGGACGUAUCGUAUGUAUCUAGCCCAUAUCUUCCGCUGAUUGUGCGCACCGGGGAAAAGGCAUUGAAAAACAAUUCUCACCGUGCAUCGGAGGCGGCGUCAGGGGAGAGCAACAUCAAAGAUGAGCUUUCAGAGGCGAUUCACUUAGCAAACGUCAAGAUCCUCGUCGGAGAGUGGAUACCCUUCGGCCCCAAUCAAAUCGUCGCUCUGAAUGAAAGGCUGGGGGCAAUGGACAGAUGUCAAGGGGGAUUGUUCACCUCCAAAAUAGACAAAGAUCCCACCUCAACUCAGUUUCAAGUUCCUACUGGGCUGACGCAAGUCCGAAUCUUAGAUUAUGAUCUUACACAUUGCAUCAACUUUGAAGCCGAAAUCAACUAUCCUGAAGCAGAAGGAAUAGUACAGAUUGAGAAUUUCGGGAUGCACUUGAAUGUAGAUGGAACUAUUAUUUAUGGUAUGGGCAUCGAAGCGAUCAUGGAGAGAAAGGCUGAUGACAUAUCUUUAGACAUGCUUAGCAGACUGCUGGUGGACGUGCAAAAAGAUUCGUCAACUAUCAUCAAUGAUUUGCUCUCAGCUUACCAACGAUCACUGCUAUCCAUGGUAUUCUGCAAUGAUGAAAUGAAUCGUUGCAAAUACAACCUGGUGCUCUGCGAGUCGAUCGACCCCAAAUUGCAGUGCGAGGAAUACAUAGAUCGCGGUGACAACGAGAACGAGCUCAAGCAAGUGAUUGGAGACAUUCAAAGCGCUCACAACGUGGGGGCUGAUGAUAUUUUGAUUCUGGGUCGAGAUGGGCUGAUUCUUGCUGGACCCAACGGAAGGCGAUAUGAGAAGCUGAUACUGCUGCACCUGUCGCUGCUUGUCAGGGAGAUGUUUGUGAGAGUCUUCUUCAUUCGCACCUACGUGCUGGAUGACAGCCUGAAACGAAUCAGAAAGAUGAUCCUAGAGCAUGAGAAAGACCCCAACAACGUCCCCAAGCUGAGGAUCCAGCUGAACGACACUUCUCGAGAUAUCAUCUUGCUGGAAGAAAUCAUCUCCUACCUCCUUGAAUCCUUGAAUAGCAUGGAGGUUCCUGCGAUGCCAGAGGACGAGGCGAGCGCCACUCUGUACAAAGCUCUCAAUCUUGCGAGUAUGAAGAGAGAUGUAACGCAUCGAGUGGAGGACUUGAGAAAGUUGGUCCAUGGUGCGCAAAACGAAUUGCAGAACCUCUCGUCAAUGACAGAAAUGAUCAACACGAAACAACUGGAAGAAAUCUUCAGGAACGUCGAAUCGAACACAAAGUAUUUGGUUGAUGGCUCUGGAACAAACGAAAGGGCGAGUGCAAGUCUUGAAGUCAUGCAGAUGAUGCUGGCAGGAAUAUUUGCCUUCGACGUGAUUGAUCACAUCUCGGGGGGGACUUUAGGUCUCUCGACUCCCUGGUGGGUUGAGCAAUGGAUCAAUCAGCCUAUCGUCGCAAGAUUUCCUUUCCUCUGGUUCGCUCUCAACCUGCUCUGGAUGGUUAUCUUUGUGUAUGGCGUGACCAGGUUCAUGCGCUAUCUUUCUGACCUUUCCAGCGGGUUUCUCACCCUACACGUUCGCAUUAAUGCAAAGAUAAAUGUGGAGAAGAUGGAGAUGUUCUUGUCGGACAAGCGCAUCGACGUCACUGAUACCAUUGAAGAACCAGCAAUGUCGAUCAAGAAAGUUUCAUGGCAGGAAAGCGACAGGAUUCUUUGGGCUGGCGGAUCACCCCCGAAGAUUGAAGUAGCUUAUGACGCUCAGAAUGGAUUCCUGCUGACGGUUCUCUUCAACCUCGACAAGAAGAAGUCAUCUCUCGACGAGGACGGGCUAAUGAGAAUCUUCACUGCGGUAUUGGCCGAGUACGGAGUGUUAGAAGAUUAUGAGCCUCCAAGAACAGCUCUGUACGAUAUGGAGGACCGGGAUGACGACAAGGAGGAUUAGAGGAGGAGGGAGUCCCGUCUCAAUCAAGUAGCUUUAAUUGUCUAGGAUAAUAUUACAAGGUGAAAGUCUC